AUGAGUUCUACUAACAACCAGACAAAUACAGAUACUAGUAUGAACAACAACAGAAGUCUUGGUUUUAGACAACAAAAAAAUUCAAUGGGGACAACUUAUCUGACCGAAGAAUCUUAUUAUAACAGAUUUGAUUCUGGCAUCUGCUUGUCCUACCAAUCCCAACACGAUUCCUCAUCUGUGCAGACGUCUUCAAACAUAAUCUCACCAAUUUCAUCACUUUACAAAUCAAAUGAUCUGUCUGAACGAAUUUCUGAUUUAAACAUCAACCAAGAUUUUACAGAGUUUAUGUGUCAGAAUGGGGAAGGAGAUACGCCUCUGCACAUAGCGGUCAUAAAGAACGAUCAAAACUUAUUUUGGAAAAUAAUGGACAGCAAUCCAGCGAGAGAGUAUCUGAACUUACAAAACUUCGAAUUCUUGCAAACCCCACUACACCUGGCCGUCGAAACUGAGAUGACCUCAAUCAUCGAGGGCUUAGUGGCCAUGGGAGCUGCCACAAAUGUAAAAGACAGGUACGGCAACACUCCACUCCACAUAGCCUGCAUGAAGGGAGAUUUUGUUUCGGUGACCAGGCUGAUGAUGCACAGGAACAAAACAACUGAAAACCCAUCUGCCCACCAGAAAAGACAGUUGGAUGUUCUCUUUCCACCAAGGUGGCUCACAGGAUGUUAUCAGGAUUGUGACGACGAAUUAACAUCCUUCAAUUAUAAUGGAAAAUCCUGUUUACACCUAGCAUUGGAAAGAGAAGGGAUAAACAGGAUGAGGAUCAUCAAAUUCCUCGUCUGCCAGUGUAGUGCUGAUGUCAAUGUACCUGAUGGAAAAUCAGGUUACACCAUCCUCCAUGAGUUAGUGAGGUUGGGCGACGUAGAGGCCAUUAAACAACUGCUCACCCUGCCCAUCCCUGAUUCCUGCCCAGCACUGCUGAUCAACCCACUAAACUACGAACGUAGGACGCCAUUGGACAUGGCCUAUUUGUUGCCCAGUUUAGAUGUUAGGCAGAUGAUGGUGGAUGCUGGUGGAGUGAUGUCCAGUUCUUUAUUUACAACGUCGGGUUCAUCUCCUUCCUCGUUAUCUUCAUCCUCCUCUUCCACAUCCGCUGAGAACCCGUGA